CAUCAACAGCACCAGGACAGCCCCUAGUGUGAUACUUACAUCCAUGGAGACAUGAAGUGUUUGCCGUUCAUGUUCGUGUGUUGGUGCUCCAGUAUCCUACCUGUGACCAUCUGCAUCAAAGUUGAUGGAUACUCAUGUGUGACUGCCUUUUGGAACUCAAUUACUUGUGUCUUGAACAUCACUGGUAAUCCCGUGGGACUAUCCAACACCACCUACAGCCUGAAAUUCAUAUAUGAAGAAGAAAAGAUUUCCUGCCCACUUGUGGAGACGAAUCACAGUUACAGCUGUGUCUGUAAGAUCCGGAAAGACUCGCAUGUUUUUUCAAGUUAUGAUGAAUAUGACUUGAAACUUUGUUAUGAAUCUGGCUGUCAACCUUUAACAGAGAAUUUUCAACCAAGACAGAACAUUGAGCUGACAUCCCCGCAUCAACCUGAGGUCCAACAAACACCAAAGACUUUCAACAUCACUUGGAAAAGUGGAUAUGAAGACCAUCAGUACUUGUACGAUUGCCUUGACUACGAACUCUUACUUCAAACAUCUCAAAGCACUGAGAACAAAAUUCUUCGUUCCAAUUCACUCAAGGGGUAUGCAUUGAUCCAAAGGUCAAUACUUAAACCAAGUGCUACAUAUUGCAUUAAAGUGAGAUCUAUACCUAAUAGUAAUGACUAUAUAGGAACUUGGAGUAAAUGGAGUCCAUCGACAUGCUGGAAAAAUGAAGCAGCAGAAGUUGAUGGAUACUCAUGUGUGACUGCCUUUUGGAACUCAAUUACUUGUGUCUUGAACAUCACUGGUAAUCCCGUGGGACUAUCCAACACCACCUACAGCCUGAAAUUCAUAUAUGAAGAAGAAAAGAUUUCCUGCCCACUUGUGGAGAUGAAUCACAGUUACAGCUGUGUCUGUAAGAUCCGGAAAGACUUGCAUGUUUUUUCAAGUUAUGAUGAAUAUGACUUGAAACUUUGUUAUGAAUCUGGCUGUCAACCUUUAACAGAGAAUUUUCAACCAACACAGAACAUUGAGCUGACAUCCCCGCAUCAACCUGAGGUCCAACAAACACCAAAGACUUUCAACAUCACUUGGAAAAGUGGAUAUGAAGACCAUCAGUACUUGUACGAUUGCCUUGACUACGAACUCUUACUUCAAACAUCUCAAAGCACUGAGAACAAAAUUCUUCAUUCCAAUUCACUCGAGGGGUAUGCAUUGAUCCAAAGGUCAAUACUUAAACCAAGUGCUACAUAUUGCAUUAAAGUGAGAUCUAUACCUAAUAGUGAUGACUAUAUAGGAACUUGGAGUAAAUGGAGUCCAUCGACAUGCUGGAAAAAUGAAGCAGCAGAAGAACAAGAUUAUACAUUAGUCAUUUUGAUCAAAUCUUUGGGCCCAGUGUGUGUGGCUGUUGGAGUCCUGCUGUUUGUAUUCUACAGUCCCGCUGCAAGACUGAAGAUAAAAACUCUGUCCAAGACACCAUCGCCUGCCCCUUUCUUCCAACCUCUAUUUCAACAACACGAAGGCAAUCUCCAGAAAUGGCUUUCACCUCAACACCAAUUUGUGCUUACAUACAAAACUGAGGAGAACUUGAGAACUGAUCCUGUGAUUGUUGUGCCGAAACCCAUUACAAAGGACCCGGAGGAGAACCAAGACUUCCACAACCCGCCAGUAAUACAACUGGCAUUCCAUCAGUGUCAAACCUCCUAUGUUGGCUUACCCGGGAUACAUGAGGCCUCCACGCCCAUAACUACGGUCUGUCCAGGGGACAUGCCUUACACUCAGCUCCCUUGCUCUGUUUGGGGGGUUGGCAUUAAAGAAGUAGAAGUUGUCUGCACUCCGCCUGAAGAUUUCUUCAACAUGAGCCGUGCGGACUCUGGUUGUAGCUGUGAGGACCUGACCCAAAGCCCAGAGUGCAGUUUACCGAACAAUCCUGUUGAUGACAGUCCACCACCAUGUUAUUGUAGUGAUUACUGCAUUCUCAACAAAACCGCAAAAGGUUUUGCUCCUGUGUUAAUGUCCAAAAGAAGCAACCUAAAUGUUCCAUUUGAUUCCCUGCAAGAGUGCGAGAGCUAAAAAUAAGAAGUGAUCCUGUCGGUUGGUUUGGAGAAAGCAAAAUUUACAUUACGACUGGUCACAAUGGCUUUAUAUUGCAUUGCAGGGAAAGGUCAUAAUCAGACAAUGCUUGCAUGCCCUCGCACGUACUGUAUGUUAUGUGUUCCAGAUAGCACUUUUUAUCACUUGAAUUUCCUACAACAUCUAUGAACCAUUUGAAUGUACCUCAUUACCUUUCUUUUUAUGAAGAAAACAUAAACACAACACAUUUGCAAUACCGACUGCAGAAUGUCAUGACAUGCGUUAUUUUCACAUCAGCUUUUUAUGAAAUUUUUUUUUAAUGCUUAGCCUAAUGUUUUUUAGUUAUGUACUUUGCCUUCAACUUUUAUAUGAAGUAUGUAAUCUCUGAGUUGAAAAAUCCAACAAAGUCAAAUGAGUAGCUUUGCAAUUGUUUACUGGCUUGAGAGAGAUGUUUAUAGUUAUUUGCUGGACCAGCAUCCAUUUGUGAAUUCUUGCACUGUUGGUGUUGAUCAACUAAAAACAUAUUGCCUGGGUGAGGCCUGUUGACAAUGUUCUUUAAAUGAAUAGAAUGGGUCAGGAUGUACAAUAUUUCUCCAAGAGGAUCAAUAAAGAAUAAUCUCAA